ACGAUUCAAAUAAAUUAUGUUUGAGAAAUACAAAAAGAGAAUAGCCAACGUUGCGUAAGGGAAUAAAGAGUAUCUCGUUACGGGCCGUUCGUGCCCGCGCCCUGAAGGGGCGGACGGUCGCGCGCUCCCGAGACACCAGGAAACAUGGCGGCGCUCAUGACACUCGGCCAGUUAUCGAGUGGCAACCCAGUUUACGAAAGCUACUACAGGCAGCUCGAUCCGGUGAGCAGCGGCAAGAUAUUAGCUGGGGAUGCAGCCCAGUUCCUGAAAAAGUCCGGGCUGUCAGACAACACACUGGGAAAGAUAUGGGAUUUGGCUGACUCGGAGCGAAAAGGCUAUUUGGACAAGCGGGGUUUCUUCAUUGCCUUGAGACUGGUCGCCUCGGCACAGGCAGGGCAUGAUGUUAGCCUCAGCAACCUCGCCCAAACAGUGGCACCUCCUAAAUUUCGAGACACAAGCAGCCCAUCGUUAAGCACGCCAGCAUCCGACUCACAUUGGCCAAUCAGGCCGGAUGAAAAAGGUAAAUUUGAAGGCAUUUUCGAAAGUCUGACCCCUGUAAACGGGCUCCUCUCUGGGGAUAAAGUCAAGCCCGUCUUGAUCAACUCCAAACUCCCUAUGGAUGUAUUGGGAAAGAUUUGGGACCUGGGAGACGCAGACAAAGAUGGCUACUUGGACAAAGAGGAAUUCAUCGUGGUCAUGCAUCUCGUGUAUCGGGCCAUGGAGAAAGAGCCUGUGCCAGCCGCCUUGCCCCCGUCCCUCAUUCCACCGUCCAAAAGGAAAAAGGUGGCGGGAACUAUGCCCGGCGCCGUAGCCGUGCUGCCCUCCAGGUCCGCAUCAUUUGCUCUCAAGGACAGCACAAGAAGUAACUCCCCCCUCGCCAGCGCGUCUCCCUUCCCCAGCUCGGCGGCCAAGUUAACGGCAAAGCACUCUUUUAAAGCCAACAAACCGCCAGAGCACCAGUGGGUGGUGCCGAUUGCCGACAGGGACCGAUAUAAUGACAUCUUCGAGAAAACCGACACGGAUAAGGACGGAUUGGUCGAUGGAACGGAGGUCAUCGAGCUCUUCAUGCACUCCAGCCUCUCGCAGACUAUGCUGGCACAAAUUUGGGGGCUCGCCGACACCAAACAGACCGGCAAGCUCACACAGGAGCAGUUCUCUCUGGCCAUGCACUUGAUCCAACAGAAGAUCACCAAAGGCAUCGAUCCGCCAACCUCUCUCACACCAGACAUGAUUCCGCCCUCUGAGAGGACGACGGGCACGGGGGCAUCUUCGGUGACGCUUCCCGACUUCACGGCCAUCGAGCCGGCAGAGCUGACGGGCAUCAAAGAACUGGAUGACCUCAGCCAGGAAAUAAGUCAGUUGCAGAGAGAGAAAUUAAUCCUGGAACAUGAGCUCAAAGAAAAAGAAGAAACCAUCAGAAGGCAAAAUCAUGCUGUUCAAAAUAUGCAGCAUGACUUGGACAGGGAGAGCGGCAGCUUGCAGGAUAUCGAAUCCCAGAAGCAGGGCGCCCAGCAUCGUCUGGAUGAGAUGGACCAGCAGCGUUCCAAGCUGGAAGGGAUGCUAAACGACGUCAAGCAGAAGUUUCAGGAAGAGUCUCAAACGAUUUCCACCCUACAGAGCCAGAUCCGAUCCCAGGAGAGCGACCUUCGGAGCCAGGAGAAAGAGGUGAACCGCACCAAGACGGACCUGACUCGCCUGCAGGAUGAAGAGGCCCAGCUAGAGCAGAGCCUGCGUUCGGGGCGUGUCCAGCUGGACAGCAUCAUCAAGUCUCUCAAGAGCACCCAGGAAGAGAUCAGCCAGGCUCGCAGCAAGCUGUCACUGAUCCAGGAGAACCAGAGGGAGUUCACCAAGACCAUCGAGCAGUACAACAGUGCCUUGCGAGACCUCGCCGGGGGAAACAACUUCGUGGACACGAGCCACCUGCUCUCAGAGAAGGAGAAUGGUGCCUUCAGGAGCGGAGGGGAUGAAGCAUUCAAAUCAAGGAUAGCCAUGUUCAACACCAAUUCUGCAAAGGGCCCUCCAACAGACCCCUUCCAGAUGGAUGACCCCUUUAAAGUGGACCCCCUCAACGAUCCCUUUAGAGAUCCUUUCAGGGAAAGUGAUCCUUUCAAGGGGACUUCAUCUGCUGAUCUAUUUAGCGGAGCAGCAAGCUCCGACCCCUUUGCAGGAAAACCUAAGCCGCCAAUAAAGCCUGGCUCUGUCCGCGGUCAUCUCGGCUUCUCGUCCAACAGCCCACAACCAAAGCCUUCAGAGCCAGUCCGGAUGCCGAACAACCUCUUCGCAAGCAAAUCUUUGAGGAACAACACCGGAUUUCCAAAUUUUAGCCAGUUGUCCAAGAAGUCUGACCAUCCUGUUCUGCCAUCAAAGAACAGCGCACCUAACCGGCCUGCCCCGCCCUACGACUCGCAUAGAGUUCCCAAUGAUGGUCCCGUGUCCUUUGGAAGUGAAAGCCAGCAAUUGGAGUGGGCCAAGCGGGAGAGCGAGCGCGAGGAGCAUGACCGGCUGCGGAGACUGCGGCUGCAGGAGCAGCAGGACCUGGAGCUGGCCAUUGCGCUCAGCCGGGCCGAGGCCCCCAGCUCCUGAGAGGGCCCACCUACGAGCUCCUUUCCUUCGGACAUUUGCACUGACACCGACCACACUACCAAAAGCGCCCACCCCCCUGCGUGCAAGAAUCCAGUGACGCCCCCGCCGUGCUCUGGCCUCAUAUGACUCCGCAUUUAGCAUGUAAUCUAUGUCCAUUGCUCCCAAACGACAAGGCAACUAUAAUCAUGGCCAGGAUGGUUCCUCUUGAUGUCAAGUGUGGCUUCAUCUGGACACAACAUAGCGAUUUAGGGAAAACACAAAGCAGAUGGGUACGCAACGCUGCCUUAUUCCGAAGCCUGCACAGGAACUAACUUCUUUUUUUUUUUUUUUUUUACUAUUUUGUUGUAUUUAUAAGGAAAGGUAUGGAUGUGUCAACUAAAUCAGCUGUUUUUAAUCACCUUUUAGUGAACUAGGAAGGUUCCUUGUUUUUGUCUGAUUUUUCCACUUCCACCUACUGUAUUGUUACGUUACACUGCUGGAUGUUCCUAAUGAGAUCUAAUAAAAGAGCUGCUUCCAAAAUGUGUUCAGUAAUAUAUUGAGGUGCUCAUAUUUUGGUUCCUCUCACCGCUGCAAACUCCAACCACAAUUCUAAACUAUUCAACGAAUGUUACUUACCGUGUCCCAUCAAAAACAAAUGACAUUUUUUCAUGCCGCUCUAGUAAUGGACCUCAUUAGAUUUGUUCAGGUGUACUUUAUGAAGUGAGCAGUGUGCACAUCUUGCUCAGUGAAUUAUAUAUAUAUUUUUGUUGUUGUUUCUUCCCUUGCACUACAAUGCAUUUGUACCUAUUCAUGUAUACGCCUUAAAUCUAAAGCAGAAGUGAUUUUCCAACUUGCUAGAAGCUUUAAUAUUAAUAUUGCAUUAGAGUUGUCAAUUGUAUUAAGAUCAAAGCACUAAUCCAAACACUCCAUAUAUAUUUAUUGCCUUUGUAAAAUGUGUGAAACCUCUGGUUCUGUUACACCCGUCAUCACAUCUACCUGAAGUUCUGUACACUAUUUCUGUUUGCUGUUACAAGAUCGCCUAUUCUGCAUUGAUUUUAAAUCUUUGUUCCCACCCCCAAUCAACAGUGUCUCGUAAUAUUUAAAUAGAUACCUCUAAAAGUCUGUACUCCAAUCAGUUAUCUGGCACAUAAUGGUUUUUAUAUACUGUAUAUAUGUGAAGAUGGAUGAAGAUUACUAAUCUCAUUAAUAAAUCUGGUAUUUAACAUUGA